AAGAGCCGCAGUGGCAAAUUCAAUCAGAUCAACUGCGGGCAUCUUCCGACGGACCGACGUGGGGACGGUUUAUCACACCGGGACCAUCUCUGGGCUUUUCUGCUGCUUGUUCUGUUUUCCGCGCGUUCUACAGAAAAUACUGGAGCGUUUUGUUGCAUCAUGAAGGAGCGGAGAAACAUACAGCCACUGGUGGUGAGGUGUAAACUGGUUCUAGUGGGAGACGUUCAAUGCGGUAAAACGGCGAUGUUGCAAGUGCUGGCGAAGGACUGUUACCCAGAGACCUAUGUGCCCACGGUGUUUGAAAACUACACAGCCUGUCUGGAGCUGGAGGAGCAGCGAGUGGAACUCAGUCUGUGGGACACCUCAGGUUCUCCGUACUACGACAACGUGAGGCCCCUGUGCUACAGCGACUCAGACGCCGUCUUAUUAUGUUUCGACAUCAGUCGUCCAGACACUGUGGAUGGCAGUCUCAAAAAGUGGAAAACUGAAAUCUUGGAUUUCUGUCCGAGCACACGGAUCCUUUUGAUUGGUUGCAAGAUUGAUCUUCGCACAGACGUCUGCACGCUCAUGGAGCUGUCCAAUCAGAAACAGACUCCACUCACCUAUGAGCAGGGUUCUGCCAUGGCCAAGCAGCUGGGUGCUGAAGCUUACCUGGAGUGCUCAGCAUUCACCUCGGAGAAAAGCAUUCACAGUGUGUUUCGCACUGCAGCGAUGGCCUGCAUCAACAAGCUGCAGCCGCUCCCAAAGCCCAGCCCCACUCGCCGCCUCUCCAAAAGACUCCUCCACCUGCCCAGCAAGUCGGAUUUGCUCUCAUCCACCUUUAAGAAGGAGAAGGCCAAGAGCUGCUCCGUCAUGUGAGGAGGGAGGGGAGGGGACCCGUUGGGUUACAGUCCUCGAACUCCCAACCCCAGCCCUUUUGGUCUCGGGGAAGGGGGGGUGGGCAUGAUGGUUUUAUCAGGGUCACCUGCUGAAUCCUUCCCUCACCCCCCCAGAAACCAAACAACCCUCAGGAGAGGUGGACACUUUGCUGUCCACUUGCUCCUGAACCUUUUGGCGCACAUCAAUCUUUCCCUCCACCGUUGAUCAUGCUUUUGAACAAAACUCUCUUAUUCAAGGUAUCUUUUUUGAUUUCUCACCUGUAAACACUUUGCAACUAAAACAAUGUUACAUCCGUCUCUCUAUAGGCACAUGUUGAUUUUGUCCAAGGUGGAAGUGUGCAAUGUGUGACGUUUAUUCUCGUGGUGUAAAAAUGCCUCUCAGACAACUCGAUGGAUAUUUUUUUAAAGUAAACAAAUAAAACUAGCAUGAAAGAGGCAGGAAUUAAUACAAUCCUGUGUGUCCCUCUAAAUGUGGUGUGUGAGAUAAUCUGGACUGCUUUCCCCGCUUUGAAGGAAGUGCACAUGUGUGCAGGGCUAUCAGAGACAACCUACAGCGAGAGCUGCAACACGCAGACACGUUCUGUCUCAGAGGUGAUGUGAGGAGGAGGAGGAAGGUGUGCAGACAGCAGUCUAGCCUUCAUCAAUCUGCAUGGAUUGAUCAUGUGAGGAUGUAAUGCUCUGGAUGCUCAGAUUGAGUGGUUCGAGCAACUAUGUGAAUAAAAAGAGCAAAAAUCAAAUUAGCACUAAAUGGAAAUUAUAAAAGUGUCUGCGCUGCCACUGAUGAGUCUAAAAAAGUUGCUUUUGUUGUGACCAGCAGAGCUGACGCGUGUUUUAUACAGCCGUGGUUAGCAUUUAAAUCCAGGAUGAAGCUUCAGAAGCUGGCCUAAAAGCAUCAAAUUCACUGGUGAUGUGAAAAAUCUGAUUUAUAUCAAGAAAUAUUCAUUGGUAAGAAUUUGUAGCAUGGCAUUGUUGCCAGUUUCAACAACUAAACCAUGCCGUUCAUGUUGUUUUCGGCAGUUGUUAUGGUUUUUGAGUAUUGUAACAUGCCUGUGGAGUUCUCACAAUAAUCUAAUGUAGCAACUCUCUUCUUCCACGUGUUAAAUCUAUUGACCUCUAAUAAGCAGCACUUACUGUAGGCUUUUUUAUUUAUUUAUUUAUUUUUGCCUAAAUCUUUAGCUUCAUGGUCGUGUGUGUGUGUGUGCAGCAGCGAACCCGGGCCAUAAAGCAAUAAUGGUUCUAGCGCUUGUGAUGCAAGGUGACUUAUGUGGCAAUAAAAGACUCUAGCGAGUAUCGCCGUGGUGCUAGUGCACCGUGGACAGACGUGCUAUUGACUGAGACCAUCUCUGGUGCACAAACGGGCCUCUGAUCUGUUUGUUAGUGUUUGAGAUAACUGGUGAAAGAGAACAAAGCGUGUGGGAAAGGGAACAUGAGGCUUUUGCUGCAGUGAAGUUAUUAUUUUUGAAAUAAUUAGAGAUAAACCUCAAACGCUUAACAACUUUUCAUUAAGGGCUAGAGUUAAAAAAAAUGAUGUGGGGAGAAAAAGUAAUCAAAGAGCACAGGCUGGCCCUGUCCAGAGAAAGCUAUUUUUCCAUUCUUCGUGUGUGUGUGUGUGUGUGUGUGUGUGUGUGUGUGUGUGUGUGUGUGUGUGUGUGUGUGUGUGUGUGUGUGUGUGUGUGUGUGUGUGUGUGUGUGUGUGUGUGUGUGUGUGUGUGUGUGUGUGUGUGUGUGUGUUUUGUGUUUUGUGUUUUUAAUGGCAUGUUAUUUUGGAGAUAUCUUACUGACAUGGCUAUUGUGUCUUAACGGAGCUGCGGACUGCCCCCCACCCCCACCCCACCCGUAGAUAGAGGAGCUUAAGUUUGCACAAAGGUUUCCAGUUCAUGGUAACACUCCAAAAUUCCUUGUCAUUGCCUAGCAACAGUUCAGUGCAGAAGAGGCAGACGCCGGCUCCCGGGCUGGUUGUGUGCACAGAUAGUUUCUGGAUGGAGAACAUUCUCAUUAUUUUGGCGUUAUUUAAGCAUUUAUUGCUGAGCUUUAUGACAAACAUUUGUUUAUAUUUUGUCGUUGGAGCCGAUGUUGAGCCCUCUGAUGAGGGGUUGCACGGCGGCGGCUCGGUGAGCGUGUCAGUUAAUAUGCAGCCUUCGUGUUGUAGUCGGUGUGUGGUGAAAUGGUGCAGUCCAACUGCUAAGCAUGUGGAACCUGUAUGAUUGUAAAUACUGUCUCUUGUUUUAUAGCUAACACGAGACAUCCUAAAGGGUCUCACAUGGAAAUGUUGUUGUUGUUGUUGUUAAUAUUUAUUUAGUAGCUAGCUUCUUAAUUUUUUUUGAGUGACAUGUAUUUGUUUAAAUCUAUUUUGGAAGAGUUUGGUUUUAUGUUUUAUUGCUGUGUUAAAUAAAGCUUGCCCUGUCUGGCGCUUCACA